UUUUAAUUUUAAGUUCUGCGCGUUACGUAGUAUAGCCGCAGAACGUAUGUCUCAACGUUAUGUCGCACAUAAACUAGUGCGCGGAUCACUGAUGCGUAUAUCACGUGAUCAGUGAUUGGUCAUGUGGUUUUAGGCGGUAAAAUGCUCGUGGAAAUCAGUUCUACGCUCGGUUUCGAUUGUGAAGGACAAUUUUGAGCAGCCAUGAAUAGAGCGGAGAUGUCGGGGUUUAUUGAGGAGAAAGUUAAAGAGGUUGUAAAAGCAAACAACGAGGAGCUUCUGGGAAGCAUAAGUAACAUGCUUUCGAAGAUAAGUGACAAACCUUCUUCUGCUAUUUCAAUUUUGAACGUGCCAAAAUUUAAACGUAAAAGUAAUGAAGAACAAUUUAAACUUAAUGCAAAGGUUAUUGACAAAUUAGCAGUCGCUCAAGCAGCCGUAGAAACACAGGAUUUAUCGUCUGCUAAAGAUUCUAUUAUUCAAGCAUGGGAGUUAUUGAAAAGGCGGCAAAAACUGGUGUUGCUUGCCGACACUUCAGAUUUGGGCUAGAAAACGGUGAACGAAUACGAAACCAACCCAAUUGCUAGUGACAGGGAUGAUGAGAGGCG